AUGAAUCCCAACUUCAGCCGGUACUCACGGAACUCGCACGUGCGAAACGGACAACCCACCCCACCUCCCUACGAUGAAAACAGGCGAAACAAGCGAAAGCUCUCGGAGAUUGACGUCGAAUAUUCAAUGCAACAAUACCAGCCACAACUUCAGCAGCAGCAGCAGCCACAACAGCAGGCACAACGGCUGUCUCAGCAACUUCCCAGCCCUCCCCACGAUGAGGAACAGGCCAAACGGGAUCGCUUCCUAGAGCGGAACCGCAUUGCCGCCAGCAAAUGUCGGCAGAAGAAGAAGAAGCUCAACGAGCAGCUGGAGCGCCAGUUUCUCGAAUUGCAAGCCAAGAACACCGAGCUCAGCACAGAGGUCGAGGACCUUCGUGCCGAGGUGAUUGCUAUGAAGAACGAGUUGCUGAGGCAUAGCGAGUGUGGAGACCCGGCCAUCGCCCUCCAUCUCAGUCAAAUGGUCCAGAACAUCACCGCCAGGGACCAUGCGGCUGCAGACCGUCGGUCCGCCGAGAUUUCCGAACUGCUGAUGAUGGGCGAUCAUGCUGCCGCGACUACUGGGACCAGGGUAUCUGUUUCUUCCCUGACCAACUCCCCUCCUGGUCUCUCCACCUCCAGGUCGGUUAGUUCGUCGGGUUCCUCCGGUCUCUCUCCUGAUGCCGCCGCUGCCGCCGCUGCCUUCGGCUUUGAUAGCCCUCCUCUGAAUAUCAUGCCAUUCGCCAACGGCUCCGUUGGCAACAGCAACGACACGAACAGCAGCAUCAAGACGGCCAUGGAUGCCUCAUUGGACACGAUGCCUGGAUACGAGUUCCUCGAGGAUCUUGCUUUAAUGGACUGA